CACGAAACACGCACGCGGACGAAAUAAUUAUACUUCAACAUGAAGGAGGAAUUCUAGAUACUUUGGACAAAUGUUUUGUUCUUCUGUUGUGGUUAAUGAGCUGCUCUCCAUAAUCAAGUUGAGACAAAAAAGGUCAUAUUAUGAACCAAUUUAAUUCAAUGGGUUUUAUGAGAAAAUUUCUUGUGCAAGUUAGACUUGUAGGACUUUCCAAGAAUUGCUGUUCAUCAUUGCCUUUUAUACAAGCCAGGGGUUUAACAAAAAGUGUUCUUGCAUCACCUGUUAAACCACAACAAAACUGGAUCAGGUGUAAAAGGAUAAGCCUUGGCUUACCAUCAGUCCUAUGCGCUUUCAAGUCUGUUUCUGUGAAGACCCUGGCUAAGGAUAUUUCAGCCGUCAAGUCUGCCAGUGAAUAUCUUUACUUGUAUGACAGAUUUAAGGACUCACCUGCCAUGACUCAAAUGAAUCGCAUAACAAUUCUGCAUCAUUUGGCCAAGGUGGCUGCCAGUGGACCAAAGAAAAACUUCUUCUCUACAAGAAAAGUUCUAAAUGAUGAAAUGGAAAUUUUUAUCACCUUGUUGAACAAUAUUGGAAAUGAUCUUGAGACAUGCAAGACUCGUGAUCUUGCGACUAUUGUAUGGUCAUUAGGAAAACUAAGGGAGCAUGAUGCAUGGUUUGUUACAGAAUGCGAGAAUGAAAUACUUCGGCGAGAUCAGACCUCAUUUCGGACACCAGCAGUGUGUAAGAUUCUUAUUGGUUUUGCUUCACUUGACUUGAAAAGAUCCAAGUUCUUUGGAAUUGUUGAACAAAGAAUUCUGGAUGGGCAGCUUAAGAUGGCGAAAUUUGAAAAUCGUGGACUGGCUGGUGUUCUGUGGUCUUUUACCAAAACUGGAAAUGAGAGUAAAGAACUAUUAGAAAAGUUCCAAGAAGAGAUUUUGUUGAGAGGUGUGAGAGAAUUUAGCAAUGACCAGCUUGCUCAGUUUUUAUGGUCAUUCACCCAGAAAGGAAUUGUACCAUGUGAUAAACUGUUUUCAAUUACAGAAGAGGAAAUUUUGCAAAGACCAGUUAGAGAUCUCAGUGCUCAUUGCCUCAAGAUGCUGUUAUGGUCCUUUGCAAGAGCUGGAUUUGAAGGGAGAGAAGGGCAUGAUCUUUUUGCUAGUUUAAGUCCUGAAUUAAUACGGAGAGGUGUUCAUGAUUUUGAUGCAGAUGAUCUCUCAAUGUUAGCAUGGGCAUUUGCCAAAAGGUGCCCAGAUGCCCUAGAGAUCUUUGAUGUCAUAGAAGAAGAACUCUACUUAAGAGGUUUUGCAGAGUUUGGAAACCAAGAAUUGUCAUGUCUUUUAUGGUCAUUUGCAAUGUCCGGUCAUACAAGUACUGAGCUUUUUCUUAACAGCCAAAAGGUAUUGAUUUCAAGGGAUUUAAGUAUGCUAAAAGCUGAGCAGUUUACUCAGUUAGUUUGGGCAUUUGGAAAAUCAACACUUUUAAGAUCAGAAUUUUUAACAAAAGCAGUGAGUGACAUAUUAUCACAUGCUACUGUUUACUCUGAUGAGGAACUGUGUAUGAUAUUAAAUGGAUGUGUUCAGGUAUCAGUAGAUAUCCAAGAGCCUCUUAAGCAGUUGAAAAGAGAAGUUUUGGAUAGAAACAUGCCUCAAAAUAAACCUGAGCUCAUUCCUCAAUUGGCCUCAGGUUUCUCUACAUGUAGCUAUGAAGCAGCAUCAGUAUUUGAUGCGAUAGAGAAAUCACUGCUCACUAACGGCCUUUCUAUGUAUACAGAGCAAGAACUGCAAGGUUUAAGUAUGGCUUUUUCUAUAAUGGAUAGAGAAUUUCCCAAAGUAAAGCAAAAACUAUAGGAAGGGGGGGGGGAAAGUUGAUUGAGUGGAAAAUAUAUAAAACAGCAUUAUCCAUUAAAAAGAUUAGU